AUGGGAAACUUACAGACAGGUGAGGGUAAGCAGCCAAAAACAGGAAAAUCACCCGGUAAAAUUAAAGGAAAAAUCAAAUUGGCAAAAGCAAAAAAAUCAAAAGAAGAUGUGAGAUUUACGGGGAUAGUACCUGAAGAUAUCGAAGUGGAAGAAAUAUCAGCAGUGGUGAUAGAAAAACCCGUCAAAAAAUUAGCGCCAAAGCCUCCCGAAAAAGUCCCGGAUAAACCUCCAAGAAAAGAACCUCUAAUCACGGACUCUUGGAGAGAGGCCAAUAAAGCUGCAAUAAAUUCGGAAACCAAAGUUUCCCCACCCAGUGCCGUGUCCUCAAGUUCUGACUCUAAUUUUACCGACCCCUGCACACCUGUAGGGUUCAGUACUGAGUUGAAUGAAUGCUAUCAAAGUGAAGAAAGUAUUUUAGAUGUUGAAGUUCCUAAUACAGUACAAGAUAACUUUUUGCACAAUCUUACUUUAAACAGUGCAACCAGUUUCAAGUUAAACGAAUACCGAGCUCGACAUGAGGAAGUCCGUGCGAAAAAGCUCUCAAAACUGGGAGUUUCUAAAACGAGUCAAAUCAGCUUGGAUGCCGACCCCAAAGAGUGUUUCGCCAGCGAAAACGUUGAAGUAGUAAAUUUGGAUGAUGAUGAUGGAGAUGAUAGUGGUUUCUUGGGCAGUUUUCAAAAGGACGAUACGCUUAAAAGAAAACCUAAAAAAGAGGAUGAAGUGGAUGAAGGCCAGAAAGUUUCUCAUAUGGUCAAGAGGAUGUCUGAUGUGAACCUAAAUAAUGGGAACCCAGAGUACAAACGGCACAUGUCAGUGCCCUCAGAACCUGCCAAAGUUAUACCAGAUAGCCUAGUAUUAAAAAAAGUAGCCUCUUUUACUUUAAGCAAAACGGAGUUGGAAUCUAAGGUGUGCAAACCGAAAUUCGUUCCGGAAAAGUUGGAUUUUCAAAUGUAUGAAAAAUUCGAAGGCUACCAACUGAUCAACUGGUAUAUCUCCGAGUUCAAUGAAAAUCAAUACUUUAAGGAAUUGGUGACUGGAGUUGAUUUGAAGAUUUUGGCUGUUCAGUUUUGCACGCAUUUGUUGGCCGCUGGUGUGCUGAGGCAAAUUCCGGAUAAGGACGUAGAAAUAUCCAACAUAUUUAAGCCUGAUUGUAUGUACUACUGGACCCAUGCAGAAACGCCAAUUUCAAUGCCUCAAACUCCAGGCAGGCUUAGCAUGGUUUCGUGGCCUCCUAACGAUUCCGACGUUUUCCUAUCACCAAACGGAAAUGACAGUGUGAGCCUCAACAUCGACUAUCGGCCUGAGUUCAAAAACUCCGCCCGAGACGUCGAAGUCCUCUCGCUGGAGGAGGAAAUCAAACGACUCCACCAGGAAAUAGAAAAAUACAAAACACUAGUCGAAAUCCAGACUUUAACCGAUAACGCCGUCAAGGAUUUUGGCUCGCCAAUUGAAGAAAACAAACCGAUCUGUGAUAGUAGCAAUGUAGUGAAGAUUGUGGGGGUCGAAAGGAAGAAAACGGCACAAAUCUAUGAAGAAAUCGAUUCCAAAAUGGUCUCCAUAGCAAUACAAACCGAUGAUGAUAAUCAAGCACAAUUAAAUGAAGGGAAGGUAAAUGAAGAAGUCGAGCAAAAAUGCAUGAAAGAUGCGGAAACAUCGACAGACAAAAAUGAAUUUGAAGAAGCAAGUCCAAAAGUUAAAGAGCCACAACCACCUAAAAAAUCUGAACCUCCUUCUAUAUUACCUGACGUUCCUACACCUUCUCCACCUCCUCCACCUCCUCCUCCUCCCCCACCUAUGAUGCCAGGUCCUCCUCCUCCUAUGAUGCCAGGACCUCCUCCUCCUCCUCCAUUCCCAGGAUUAGAUGAAACAACUUUACCAGGUGCAGGAGCACUUCCUCCUCCUCCCCCACCUUUACCAAGCUUAGGAGGGCCUCCUCCACCACCAAUGCCAGGAAUGGGAGGACCACCCCCACCACCUCCUCCUCCAGGAAUGGGGGGACCUCCACCACCACCGCCUCCUCCAGGAAUAGGAGGACCUCCACCGCCGCCACCUCCUCCAGGUAUGGGUGGACCACCUCCUCCCCCUCCUGCUCCAGGAAUGGGUCCACCACCUCCUCCUCCAAUGGGAGGACCUGCACCAUUACCAGCUCCUCCAUCUGGAGGAUGGGCGCCGCAAAAAGCAGUGGCCCCUCCGUUUCCGGCGCCUUUAGCUUUGAGAAAAAACGCUGUUCAGCCUAAAGUACCUAUGAAACCUCUGUACUGGACUCGUAUAGUGGCUCAGCCUGAAGCAACCGAAGAAAAAAAAUCGGCAUUGUGGAACCAGAUCGACGAACUCCCAUUGGAGAACCUUAAUGAAUUCACGGACCUAUUUUCAAGACAAGUUAUAAUUCGACAACCGACUAUCAAAAAAGAAGUGAAGAAGAACAAAUUAGAACCCGUGAAACUGCUGGACGGUAAACGAUCCCAGAACGUGGGAAUUUUGGCUCAAAGUCUCCACGUCGACUUCACGGAAAUCGAAAACGCAGUUUACAAUUUCGAUACGGCCAUCGUUAGUUUGGAAGCGUUGCAGCAAAUCUACGAAGUGAGAGCCAAUGCAGAAGAACUAUCCCAAAUCAAGGAACACCUAGCCACAAAACCCGACAUACCUCUUGACAAACCCGAACAAUUUUUGUACGAGCUGUCCGAAAUUUCUAACUUUGCCGAAAGAAUUUCAUGUCUGAUGUUUCAAGUGGAAUUUGAGGAUUCCAUUAGCACCAUUGGACAUACUCUAACAAAUUUGCAGACAGCUUGCCAGUAUCUUACAACUAGUCCUGAGCUCAAAGAAGUAUUAGCAAUAAUAUUAACCCUAGGAAACUACAUGAACGGUGGCAAUAUGACAAGAGGCCAAGCUGACGGUUUUGGUUUGGAAAUAUUACCGAAAAUAAAAGAUGUAAAAUCAAGUAAAGAUUCAAAAGUAACACUGCUUCAUUAUGUUGUGAGAUUGUACCUAAAAAAACUCGAAACGCCUGUUGAGGUUAACUUAACAUUACCUGUACCAGAACCUGGUGAUAUUAGAAGAGCUGCAUCUGUGAAUUUCGAUGAACUAAAACUUGAUUUGCAAAAAUUAGAAAAACAACUGAAAGCCUGUGAAAAUCGGACUGAAAAAGUAAUCGAGGCUUCCACCGAAGAAAAUUUGCAGCCGUUCAAAGAGAAAAUGACGAUUUUCCUGGAAAAUUCUCACAAACAGUUGACUGUAGAAUUGGAAAAACUGGAAGAAUGUCAAAAACUUUUCAUUGGCACAAUGAAAUUUUACCUUUUUAAACCUAAAUCUGGAACUUUGGAAGAUUUUCCUCCCAAUUCGUUUUUUGAAUUGUGGUUGCCCUUUUGCCUAGAUUUUAAGGAUAUUUUCAAAAAUGAACUCAUACGAAUGGAAAAAGAAAAAAUUCAAGCCAUGAAAAAAAAGGAGCGGUCGGAAAUAAAAACGAUUAAAGAACGCGAGAACGGCUUAAAAGCAAAAAUAAAACGAUACCAAGCCAAACAAAAUGUCGAGACCAAAUAA